CGGCCGCCAAGCAAUCCCGGAUCCUCACGACACUGCGUGCGCGCGCACACGAAAGGACGGUGGCGCACUUUACGGCGGCAGCGUAAUUGCGUGGCGAUCGUCAGAGGCCUUAGUUCGCACGUGGCGCCUGCGGAGUUAUCUGUUGCCGCUGCUUCAGCUGCCACUGUCGUUUCCUCAGCCAGUAUGAAGCGACCAAAGUUGAAAAAAGCAAGUAAACGCAUGACCUGCCACAAGAGGUAUAAAAUCCAAAAAAAGGUCCGAGAGCACCAUCGAAAAUUGAGGAAGGAGGCUAAAAAACGGGGUCACAAGAAGCCUAGGAAAGAUCCAGGAGUUCCAAAUAGUGCUCCCUUUAAGGAGGCUCUUCUUCGUGAGGCUGAGCUAAGGAAACAGCGGCUUGAAGAACUAAAACAGCAGCAGAAACUUGACAGGCAGAAGGAACAAGAUAAGAAAAGAAAACUUGAAACUAAUCCUGGUGUUAAGCUAUCUAAUGUGGAACCCAUGAAAGAGGAAUUUGGACAUUGCAAAACUAAGAACAAAGCCAUUUCGGGUAAACAGAGUUCAAAGAAGUUGUAUUGUCAAGAACUUAAAAAGGUGAUUGAAGCCUCAGAUGUUGUGCUAGAGGUGUUGGAUGCCAGAGAUCCUCUUGGUUGCAGGUGUCCUCAGGUAGAAAAGGCCAUUGUUCAGCAUGGACAGAAAAAGCUGGUACUUGUAUUAAAUAAAUCAGAUCUGGUACCAAUGGAGAAUUUGGAGAGCUGGCUAAAUUAUUUGAAGAAAGAAUUGCCAACAGUGGUGUUCAAAGCCUCAACAAAUCCGAGGGACAAAGGGAGAAUAACCAAAUAUGUGAAGGUAAAGAAGAAAGCUGCUCCAUUCAAAAGUAAAGUCUGCUUUGAAGAGGGCCUUUGGAAACUUCUUGAAGGUUUUCAGGAGACUUAUGGCAAAGCCAUUCAAGUUGGAAUAAACCAGUGUCCCCAUCAAUUCCAUUUAUCUUCUUUCAGGAGCAUGCAGGUUGUCCCCUUGGACAAGCAUAUCACAAUCAUAGAUAGUCCAUGCUUCAUUGUAUCUCCAUUUAACUCCUCCACUGCACUUGCUCUGCGAAGUCCAGCAAGUAUUGAAGUGUUAAAGCCAGUGGAGGCUGCCAGUGCUAUCCUGUCUCAGGCUGACACUCGACAGGUAGUACUGAAAUAUACUGUCCCAGACUUUAAGAAUUCUCUGGAAUUUUUUACUAUGCUUGCUCAGAGAAGAGGUCUGCACCAAAAAGGUGGAACCCCAAACAUUGAAGGUGCUGCCAAACUGCUGUGGUCUGAGUGGACUGGUGCCUCAUUAGGUUACUAUUGCCAUCCUCCUACAUUCUGGACAACUCCUCCACAUUUUAAUGAGACUAUUAUUGCAGACAUGAAAUGUGGUUUUAAUCUGGAAGAACUGGAAAAGAACAAUGCACACAGCAUAAAAGCCAUCAGGGGCCCUCUUUUGGCCAACAGUAUCCUUUUCCACUCUUUGGGUAUGACAAGUGGAAUAAUAGAGGGAAAGGACAUACAUGAAGUAGUGCCAAAACAGAAAGAGGAAGAAGAGGAGGAGAAGGAAGAUGAAAUGAACAGUGACCAGGAAACUGUUGAUAAUAAAAUUGAUGAAAAGAGCUCAGACAUGUCCCCAGCAGAAGAGACAUGGGAGGUGCUGCCUGAGGAGUCUACAGCAGGUGAACAGCCUGCAAGAUCUUUUACCUUGGAUAAACUGAUUGAAGAGGAUGAUGCUUAUGAUUUCAGUACAGAUUAUGUGUAAUAACAAUGUCCUUUUAUGAGAGGUUUUAACAUUGUAAGACUGCUAAAGUGUUGUGUAUAAUGUGCAUUUGUUAUGGUGUGUGACAUAAGCUGUAAAUUUUGUGAAUGUUGUAUUCAUUAAAACAAUAAGGCAAUUACAA